CCUUUCGCUGUAGCUGCUCCCCUCCCCUCCCGACUGUCUGGGGCCGCCCCGCAGGGGAGGGAGUGUGGCUGCAAUCCCCGGCGCCAGGGGUGUUCCCAGAAGCGAGAAGUUGGGGGGACGGCCCUCGCCAGGGACUAACAGCGCCCGGCUGUGCGGCGUCACCCUCAUCCCUGCACCAGGUGACCCAGGGAUAGCAUUUCUCCGGAGCUGCUGCCCCCGCCUGGGGGCAUGGGCGCAACCACGCCAGAUGGACGAGAAGACCAAGAAAGCCGAGGAGAUGGCCCUGAGACUCACCCGAGCAGUGGCAGGCGGGGAUGAACACGUGGCAGUGCAGUGUGCCAUCUGGCUGGCAGAGCAACGGGUGCCCCUGAGUGUGCAACUGAAGCCUGAGGUCUCCCCAACACAGGACAUCAGGCUGUGGGUGAGUGUGGAGGAUGCUCAGAUGCACACAGUCACCAUCUGGCUCACAGUGCGUCCGGACAUGACGGUGGCUUCCCUCAAGGACAUGGUAUUCCUGGACUACGGCUUUCCACCCGUCCUACAGCAGUGGGUCAUUGGGCAGCGGCUGGCCCGGGACCAGGAAACCCUGCACUCCCAUGGGGUGCGGCGGAAUGGGGACAGCGCCUACCUCUACCUGCUGUCAGCCUGCAACACCUCACUUAACCCUCAGGAGCUGCAGCGGGAGAGGCAGUUGCGGAUGCUGGAAGAUCUGGGCUUCAAGGACCUCACGCUUCAGCCCCGGGGCCCCCUGGAGCCAGCCCCCACCAAGCCCGGAGCCCCCCAGGAGCCGGGGCGGGGCCAGCCCGAAGCCGCGCCCGAACCCCCGCCGGUGGGCUGGCAGUGCCCCGGCUGCACCUUCAUUAACAAGCCCACGAGGCCUGGCUGCGAGAUGUGCUGCCGGGCGCGGCCUGAGGCCUACCAGGUUCCCGCCUCGUACCAGCCGGACGAGGAGGAGAGAGCGCGCCUGGCGGGCGAGGAGGAGGCGCUGCGCCAGUACCAGCAGCGGAAGCAGCAGCAGCAGGAGGGAAACUACCUGCAACACGUCCAGCUGGAUCAGAGGAGCCUGGUGCUGAACACCGAGCCCACCGAGUGCCCCGUGUGCUACUUGGUGCUGGCGCCCGGCGAUGCCGUGGUGCUGCGUGAGUGUCUGCACGCCUUCUGCAGGGAGUGUCUGCAGGGCACCAUCCGCAACAGCCAGGAGGCCGAGGUCUCCUGCCCCUUCAUUGACAACACGUACUCGUGCUCGGGCAAGCUGCUGGAGAGGGAGAUCCGGGCGCUGCUGCCCCCCGAGGAUUACCAGCGAUUUCUGGACCUGGGCGUCUCCAUCGCGGAAAACCGCAGUGCCUUCAGCUACCACUGCAAGACCCCGGACUGUAAGGGAUGGUGCUUCUUUGAGGAUGAUGUCAACGAGUUUACCUGCCCAGUGUGCUUCCACGUCAACUGCCUGCUGUGUAAGGCCAUCCACGAGCAGAUGAACUGCAAGGAGUACCAGGACGACCUGGCCCUGCGGGCUCAGAACGAUGUGGCCGCCAGGCAGACAACAGAGAUGCUCAGGUCCAUGCUGCAGCAGGGCGAGGCCAUGCACUGCCCACAGUGCCGCAUCGUGGUGCAGAAGAAGGACGGCUGUGACUGGAUCCGCUGCACCGUCUGCCACACCGAAAUCUGCUGGGUCACCAAGGGCCCACGCUGGGGGCCUGGGUAUCGAGAAAAGAAGUUGUUUGGUGUGACACGUGAAAAUGAUGCGAGACGCGAGUUUCACGUCCACAAGCAGCGUGUUCUGGGAGCACAGCCACGUGCAUUCGUUGUGUACCGUCCGUGGCCGCUUUUGCACUACAAAGGCCGAGACCCGAUGGCCCCAGACACCUGAGAUGGAAGCGGCACUUUGCAGAAAAAGUUUGCUGACCGCACCCUAGAGGGCAGUGAGUGAGGAUUCAGUCUGGGCCCAGAGGCAGAGCGGGUCCCCGGGUCUGGUGUACGCCGGCUGUGUGGUUAGGCUGUUCCGAGCCUCAGUUUCUUCAUCUGUGAAAUGGAGAUGAUGGCAGGCGUCUUGCAGGCUUGUCCUCAAAACCAAAUGAAAGCAUGCAAUCAG